UUCAGAAUCCCUGGGGAAUUCCCGACUGAGGCAGGAAGCCGGCUGAGAUAACAUUAGCUGUGCAGUGAACGGGGACGUGCCACUGCAGUGAAGUCAUCGCAGAUUUCUCAUGCAGUCCCAGCUAAUCACAGGAUAUAUAAGAGCCACCGGAGCCUCCUACUGCCCAGGAACGCCAGAGAGUGGGAAGUGUCUGGCUGCAGGGAAAAGGGGCCCAUGGGAGCUCAGCACCAGGGAGCCAUGCUGUUAGCUCCUUCCUAAGACCAGGAGACUGGCGCUGUCCUUGGAGAAGAUGGGCCAGACAAAGCUGUGGUUCCUCGCUGUGCUGCUGGGUGUCUGCACCUGGCUGGAGCCUGGCAAAGGCUCUCAUGUACCCCCAGAUGCAAUAUCUGGACUAGGAAAGCUGCAGGGGAUCGCAAAGCCACCCCCACGUGGCUCUCUCCCGUUUCACAUGAACUCCGUGAUCCAAGUCGUAGAAGUGCUGGAAUCUCACCACCUGGACGGACACCUCAACCUGACCAUGACGGAGCUCGCCCGGGGCCUGGGCUGCUGUGACAGCGAGUUCUACCAGCUCCUGCUGGGGGAGGCACCCGCCGUGCCCCCAGACCUGCCCUUCCUGAGCCAGGAGCAGAGAUCCUUCCUCAUGCGCCUCGUGAAGCACGAAGUUCAUGCCUCCUCGACUGAGCAGGGGGUGGUGUUGCUCCCUGAUGGCACCACAGUGGCCGUGAGCCCCUUGUUGGCUGGGAUUGAAGCAGGGCUGAAGGGGAGGCGGGAGGUGCCGCUGCCCCCUGAGGCUUUAGAGCUUUUGCUAGUUACAACUGAGCCUUUGAACCAGACACAUCUGGAGCUGCCCCUGACUAUAGACACCCUCUACGCAGUGACCAUUGCCAAGGCCCUGGGCGUGGCCUUUCUCCUGGCCCAGGCCAAUGAGAGCCAGGUGCCCAUGGGGCCGAAUGGCUGCUGGGACAGUGUGUCCGAGCCCCAGAACUUCACCCUCCUGGGCCGCCCGUCACCCCUCACUGAUGCCUUCAUCAAUGGGGCACUGGACGGGGUGAUCCUGGGGGCACACCUGGCAGGGCAAGGUGAGCCCGCAGCCCCGCUGAGCACCCUGCUGAGAGAGUACUACACUGGGGACGGCCUGGCCGGGGAGAGCCAGGCCAGAAGCAACUUCAGGCGCCAGAACUUUGUGCAGCUCACCGAGGCUGGGCAGCUGGAGGAGCAGGUGGUGCGUUCCCUCCAGCUGCUCCGAGCGCUACCUCGGAUGGCGCCGCUGCUUAGCGGGGUUGGGGAUGAGGAGCUGCUGGCUGCUGCGAGCCGGGCGGUGCAGGAGUUCACGGAGGCCUACCUGGAAUGCCCAGCUGUCAUUCCCCGCUGCAUGUGGGGGGCCAGGCCCUACAAGGGGACUCCCACGCAGCUCAAACUGCCCCUGAGCUUCGUGUACAUCCACCACACCAGCUCACCCAGCCAGCCCUGCCGGACCUUCCCCGAGUGCGCUGCUGACAUGAGGGCCAUGCAGCGCUUCCACCAGGACGACCGUGGCUGGGAUGACAUAGGCUACAGCUUCGUGGUCGGAUCAGAUGGGUACAUGUACCAGGGCCGGGGUUGGCACUGGGUUGGCGCUCACACCCGUGGCUACAACAGUAAAGGCUACGGCGUGAGUUUCAUUGGAGACUACAUGGAUACGCUGCCGGAAGCAUUUGCCCUCACACUGGUGCGUGACAAUUUCCUGCCAUGCGCGGUGAAGGGCGCCAAGAUCCGGGCCAACUACACAGUGCAUGGGCACCGGCAGAUGGUGCACACUGCAUGCCCGGGGAACCUACUCUACCGGGAGAUCCAAACAUGGCAGGGCUUCAAGUGAGAACUCCCGGCCAUGGGUCAUGAUCCAGGUAAUGACCCAGUUCAGGACACAUCCCACCAGGACCAUGCUUUCAGACUGCCAUGGGAGCAGGCUGCAGCAUCCUAUUCCCAAGACGGUGGCUCAAGGGAGGCCAGGGGGGCUUUGCUAGCCCCAGUAGUUACAAUGUGCUGCUUUGCUCCUGUACUGAAAAUCCCCCUCCAAUAAAGCAGGUCAUGGGAACAUGA